UUAAAAAAAAAAGCCAUUGUCAGUGAUUAAGAAGGUUUGCUAACGAUGUGAUUGCAUGGCAUUUGUUCGAAUGCCCUCGAUCAAAGAUUCGAAUCGCAAGUUAAGGUAUCAAUCUCGCAGUACAUGAUAAAAUAAAAUGUGCGACAAAAUAUCUGAAAAGAAAUGCUAAGAAUUCCCGUAGAUCGUGCUACAUUUCCCGACCAGGGACCAACAUAUUUUGGCGGCGUGAAACAACUGGCGGAAAUCCGUUUUCGGGAACGUGAUGAAUUUUAAUUGUGUAGAUGGUUCUAUAAAAAUGACGAUCGCAAAAGUUCUCUCCAGAGAAAACAACGAAGGAUGACUUGCGAAACUUGAUGUCUUAUCAAAGGCACGAGUGAAAAGCGCUUCAAGAACGUUUGAAACAAAAUUUUCCUAACCAGAGAAAGCCAUCAAGCCGAAGUACUCCUUGGUGCUUUUGUCUUGGACAACUGAAAAAUUAUGCACGGGUAAAUUUGCGACAGAUCUGUUUAGAACGAGUUUUUGAAAAUGGCGUCGUAUGCCGCAAUUCCGCCAUUUGACUUUUGCAUCUCAAUUCUUGGCAGUGGGGGGGUUGGAAAAACAGCGUUGUUGAGAUCGUUCUUUGAUCAAACUUUUGAAGAAAAACACAUUCCCACUGUCGAUGAUUAUUAUGUUCACUCACUUGUGUUGGACGGGAGGCACUUUACACUUUGUAUCGUGGACACUGCAGGUUCGUACUCCUUUCCUGAAAUGAGGAACUUGGCUUUAAAUUCAAGCCACGGAUACAUCGUCGUUUACGCCGUGGACGACAUAGUGUCGUUUAAAGAAGCUGUCAAAACUAUGGAAGAAAUCUCUGCGCUUAGAGGUGGCACUGAAAACCUUGUACCUGUUAUUCUGGUUGGCAACAAGUUGGACAUAGAUGUUACCGAGCGCGAAGUGACCGCACGUCAAGGGUACGAAGCUGUUUCAGUGCUGUCUACUCUCGAAGGAGAAUACAUCGAGGCGUCGGCAAAGAAAAAUUUUAGAGUGGACAGAGUCUUCUCGAAUAUACUUGAGGCAUUGAUAUAUAAAAACAGAAAGAAGAGGCGGAAGAAGUUUGCAAAGGCAAGAUUGAAAAUGGGACGUGGCAAGAAGCGGAAAUUUAAGCAACUGGACAACACCUGUAACAUCACGUAAGCACGCUAACCAUCUCUUCUAAAGAGAAUAUUUAAUUCAGUGUUUACAAAAGUUCGCAAAACAAAUAUUGCAUUAUCAAAGAAUACAUUAUGAAGCGAGUAAAAGAUGCAUGAGUUAUAUUAUGGAGGAGUACUAUUAGCGUAUUUAUAUUUCAAUUCUUUCGUUUCUUCCAUGGAAGACAUCAUAAUGAUCACAGUAAACUUCAGAAUACCCGGCCAAUCAUUUACAUGUCGUAGCGUCUAUUGCGUUGUGCCUCGUUCUUCAAAGCCUCCCGACACAUGUAAAUGAGGUGGACGGGUAUUCUGAAGUUGCUCUAAACCCUCUUUGUGAUUUUAUUAAAAUCUCUUCAUGCUAUGUAAAUUUAUUGAUAAAUUUUAAGUAUCCCACAUACGCAUUGGGAUAUUGGAAAGAGGGGAAGGGGGUGGGAAAGAGGAGAA